CUAUUUGGCGCUUAUUUAUUCCACAUAUACUCGCAGCCUGCCAAUCUUCGGUACUGCCCGUCGCUUAUAUUACUCGCGCUAUAUUAUGUUCGACUUUUAUCACAAUAAGCCUGCGGAGAUGAUGAAGCCGCUCGUGGAGAAGGAGUGUGAGAAGGUGCUCUACCCCACCUCAACCGCCAGGGCCUACAACGAAUUUAUCGAAUUCUAUGACAGCUUUAAAGAGUACCGGCCCCUCAUUCCCAUUUGUAUGUAUACCGUCCUUAUUUUGGAGUGCUUUGUGGAGUGCUGGUGCAACACGGGCUCAUGCGCUAAGGACCAUGGGAGGCAGUGGUUCACAAAUUUCAUCUUUCUUGCCACAUUGCAAAAACUGGAUCACAUUAUUGAAUUUCGAUUUGUGAUGCUCAACGAGUGCCCUAGCAACCUUAACAUGGACGCGAUUUUUAAGAGAAUCGGUAUGCACAGAUCUGUUCUUUCAAACGUACGAUUGAUUGCUUUUAUUGGAAAAGGCAUUUUCGAGGCCAGUAGGUCACAGCCGAUGGCACUGGCUGAUUCUGAAGCCACACGCACUGCUGAACACAUUCUCAGUGUCUGUCCGAAUACGACAAGUCUGGUAUACAAUACUCAUCACACCUUAAUCUCAUCUGCGGGGGUUAUUCGAGAUAUUCCAGGUGUCGGAUUUGAGAUAAUUAAAAGGCUCUAUGUUGCUCUUCUACCUCGCCUCACAGCCGUUCAAAUCCUCCGCCCGUUCCCGAACGUACCAAACAUGGCAUUCGCUUGGAACUUGACGAAACUAGUUAUUAAUCACGCCCUUAUUCCUGAACUUACCCAUCUGCCGAGGAUUCCAGUUGACUGUCUUACCCGCGUCGAGAUAUACGGUAUUCAGCGUGUGCCAAAUUGGAGAAUCUUUGAGACAGCCCCUGGUAACAAACUUGUUUUCCCGUGUCUUGAAAAGAUCACCCUGCAGUACAGCACUCCUGACCGAAGUAGUGUGCAGCCCACAAACAGCCAGUUCACGACCAUAUUCCCAGAAGAUAUCCGAGUGGAAGUUCCAGGACUAUCUAAUGCCGAUGUUGCCUUCCAGAAAUAUUUUGCUCCUCGCUCCAUCCAGCUACUAUCGAUUUAUGAGGACCCUAGGGCUUUUGAGUCCCUUAAUCUGGACAUUUUGAAGUGUGCGCGUUCCGUACAUAUCUCCUAUCGAGAUGAGCGCCUCGAUCCAAAUAUCCGAUACAACUGCCAAGGGAUAUAUUCGCUCUACGCCAGGUAUAAUAACUGGAUUACUGGUGCACGUUUUGACAAUAUUCCCUCCCCACUUCCACUAACUAUCAACUGGAUCAGUCUCGAAUGGCUUGACAUAACCGCCAAUAUCGCCGAUGUGAAGAGCAUUUGUAACAUCAUACAUCAGCUCAGACAUCUCCACACCUUCUACCUUAGCUGCUUUUCAAUGGACAGGGGCGAUUUGAACGACCCCGCCAGAGGCGUGGACUUUGCUGACCAGGACGAUAUAUUCUCAGGGGUCGACACAACUGUCGACAGAAUCCACACCUGUAUUGGGCUGGCUCUUAGGAAACUACAUAUCUUCUCUCACAAAAGACUCGAUGUGGACGGAAUUCUUUGGCUUGUGGGGAGACUACCUUAUUUGCAGGAGCUCGGCCUCAACCCUAAUUCACUGGAUGAGGUUCCGCUGUCGAUGUCUCGGAGUGGGAUAACGGUGUGUGGAUUCAACCCGCACAUCGAAGCAAUCGACGGGUAGUUUUCUGUGUUUUUCCAAUGAAC